CCUGUGGAAUAAUAUCCAGGACGGGAGAAAGAACCCUUGUCUGUUUGAAGUAAGGGUGAAUGUUGUCAUUACCAAGCUUGAAUUAGCAUUGGAGUAGCCAUGAAGUCUGCAGAGUCAAGCAGUGAGGAUAUCUGCAGAGAGGAGGCCUGGCCUCUGUUUCCUGGAGGCACCCUCUGUUUGGGAGGUGUUAACUGGCACCUGAUUGCUUGCUGUCUGGAGUUCUCCUGUUUCUGAGUGCUGGACACAGAAUCUUAUCUGAAAACAAAGAAAUGCCGGGCCAUUCAUACCUGCUUCAAGCAGACAAGGGUUCUUUCUCCCACCCUGGACAUUAUUCCACAGGGAUAGAGACACUCCACUUGCUUCAUUGUCCAACAGAACCUCUGAAGACCCUGAAGUUUGUGUUUCUGGGUGUUUCCAUUUUCAACAUGACCCAUAAAGGGAAAGGGGGAAAUCGUGGAGGUAAAGGAAGGUUCUCGCCUUCAUCCUUGAUCUUUUGCUUCUUCCUUAACCAGGGAAAUGAGGAUUCUAUGGAGCCAGCCCUUGGAUGCAGCAAUGAAAUCGAUAAUAUAAGACGAAGAACAUCUCUCUAGGUGAGGGUCUUGCUGAAAAAAGAAGGAAAAAAGAAGACUGAAGCAUCUGUAUUGCAAUUAAACACCCAUAUCAUGGCUGGCAUGAAGGAGAAAGCGUUUAUAUGCCUGGAAUGUGGGAAGAAUUUCACUUGGAGAUGUCAUCUGAAGCGACAUCAAAGGACUCACACGGGGGAGAAACCCUAUACAUGCCUGGAGUGUGGAAAGAGCUUCUCCGAGAGUUCAGAUCUAGAUAGACAUCAAAGGAUUCACACGGGGGAGAAACCCUAUACAUGCCUGGAGUGUGGAAAGAGCUUCUCUGAGAGUUCAUAUCUACAUAAACAUCAAAGGAUUCACACUGGGGAAAAACCCUAUACAUGCCUGGAGUGUGAAAAGAGUUUCACUGAAAGUUCAAGUCUACGUUUACAUCAAAGGACUCACACUGGGGAGAAACCCUAUACAUGCCUGGAGUGUGGGCAGAACUUCACUCAGAGUUCAAAUCUACGUACACAUCAAAGGAUUCACACUGGGGAGAAACCCUAUACAUGUCUGGAGUGUGGGCAAAGCUUCACUGAUAAUUCAAGUCUAUGUUCACAUCAAAGGAGUCACACUGGGGAGAAACCCUAUACAUGCCUGGAGUGUGGGCAGAGCUUCACUGAGAGUGGAAAUCUACAUACACAUCAAAGGAUUCACACUGGGGAGAAACCCUAUACAUGCCUGGAGUGUGGGCUGAGCUUCACUGAUAGUUCAAAUCUACGUUCACAUCAAAGCACUCACACUGGGGAGAAACCCUAUACAUGCCUGGAGUGUGGGCAGAGCUUCACUCAGAGAGGAAAUCUACGUACACAUCAAAGGAUUCACACUGGGGAGAAACCCUAUCCAUGCCUGGAGUGUGGGCAAAGCUUCACUGAUAGUUCGAGUCUACGUUCACAUCAAAGGACUCACACUGGGGAGAAACCCUAUACAUGCCUGGACUGUGGGCAGAGCUUCACUACGAGUGGAAGUCUACGUACACAUCAACGGAUUCACACUGGGGAGAAGCCCUAUACAUGCCUGGAGUGUGGGCAGAGGUUCGCUCAGAGUGGAAGUCUACGUUCACAUCAAAGGAUUCACACUGGAGAGAAACCCUAUGCAUGCCUGGAGUGUGGAAAGAGCUUUGCUCAUAAUUCAGAUCUACAUAAACAUGAAAGGAGUCACACUGGAGAGAAACCCUAUAAAUGCCUGGAGUGUGGAAAGAGCUUCACUGAGAGUGGAAAUCUACGUUCACAUCAAAGGAUUCAUACUGGGGAGAAACCCUAUACAUGCCUGGAGUGUGGAGAGAGCUUCUCUGACCAUACGGGUCUACGUUCACAUCGAAGGACUCACACUGGGGAGAAACCCUAUACAUGCCUGGAGUGUGGACAGAGCUUCACUCAGAGUGGAAAUCUACAUUCACAUCAAAAGAUUCACACUGGGGAGAAGCCCUAUAAAUGCCUGGAGUCAUUUAUAUGCCUGGAAUGUGGGAAGAGUUUCACUCAGAGGAAUCAUCUGAAACGACAUCAAAGGACUCACACUGGGGAGAAACCCUAUACAUGCCUGGAGUGUGGGCAGAGCUUCUCUGAGAGUUCAGAACUACAUAGACAUCAAAGGAUUCACACAGGGGAAAAGCCCUAUACAUGCCUGGAGUGUGGGCAGAGCUUCACUAGGAGUGGAAAUCUACAUUCACAUCGAAGGAUUCACACGGGGGAGAAACCCUAUACAUGCCUGGAGUGUGGGCAGAGCUUCACUCAUAGUUCAACUCUACAUAAACAUCAAAGGAUUCACACUGGGGAGAAACCCUAUAAAUGUCUGGAGUGUGGAAAGAGCUUCACUCAGAGUUCAAAUCUACUUGCACAUCAAAGGAGUCACACAGGGGAAAAACCCUAUACAUGCCUGGAGUGUGGAAAGGGCUUCUCUGAGAGUUCAGAUCUACAUAAACAUCAAACGAUUCACACGGGGGAAAAGCCCUAUACAUGCCUGGAGUGUGGGCAGAGCUUCAGUAGUGGUACAAGUCUACGUUCACAUCAAAGGAUUCACACUGGGGAGAAACCCUAUACAUGCCUGGAGUGUGGAAAGAGCUUCUCUCAGAGUUCACAUCUACAUUCACAUCAAUGGAUUCACAAGGGGGAGAAACCCUAUACAUGCCUGGAGUGUGGAAAGAGCUUCUCUCGGAUUGGAAAUCUACAUUCACAUCAAAGGACUCACACUGGUGAGAAACCCUAUACAUGCCUGGAGUGUGGGAAGAGCUUCACUAUGAGUGGAAGUCUACGUACACAUCAAAGGAUUCACACUGGGGAAAAACCCUAUACAUGCCUGGAGUGUGAGAAGAGCUUCCUUAGGUCUUCUGAUCUAGAAAAACAUAGAAGGAUUCACACUGGGGAGAAACCCUAUACAUGCCCGGAGUGUGGAAAGAGUUUCGCUGAGAGUGGAAGUCUACGUACACAUCAAAGGAUUCACACUGGGGAGAAACCCUAUACGUGCCUGGAGUGUGGAAAGAGCUUCAGUGACAGUUCAAAUCUACGUUCACAUCAAAGGAUUCACACUGGGGAGAAACCCUAUACAUGCCUGGAGUGAGGAAAGAGCUGUACUGAGAGUUCAGGAUUCACACUGAGGGAAAAUCCUAUAAAUGCCAUGAGUGAUGACAGAGCUUUACCCAUUGUUUAC